GGGUUAAAAACGGAGAAAGGGCCACAACGACGUGUUUGGGGAACAGAGUCAGCGAAAGGCACUCUGCACAUGCUCAGAGGCAAGGCAGGCGUUCCCCUUCGAAAGGCACGGAAGGAAUACAUCCCCACCGGAGCUGCCUGCCUCUCUCCAGCGAAGAAGGGAACGCUGCCCAGAUCGGAUGCCAAGGUCCACCAAGCCUUCCUUCCCUCCCCUGCCCUCCCUAGCCUCCGCCCACUGGGGGCGUAGCUGUUCCGCUCUCGUCCUCUUCCGUCCGCACAGAGAAUCCCUCCGAACCGAAGAGGCAGCUGAGCCGCCAUGGAACGUGUUCUUAGCCGGGAUCCCGUGGAUAUUGAGAAUAUCCUAGCUUUAAACCCCCGCAAACAAACUCAUGCAUCUUUGAAUUCAACUGCAGCAAGAAAACAUGAAAAAAAGCACUGGAAAAGGAAUGCGGAUAAAAGCUGCUCAAGCUGUGAGAGACUGGAAAAUAAUUUUGAUGACAUCAAGCACACGACUCUUGGGGAGCGUGGAGCCCUUCGAGAAGCAAUGAGGUGCUUAAAGUGUGCAGAUGCCCCCUGUCAGAAGAGCUGCCCAACUAAUCUAGACAUCAAGUCAUUUAUCACAAGCAUUGCAAACAAGAACUACUAUGGAGCUGCUAAAAUGAUUUUUUCUGACAACCCACUUGGGCUGACAUGUGGGAUGGUGUGCCCAACUUCAGAUCUCUGUGUGGGUGGAUGCAAUUUAUAUGCCACUGAGGAGGGACCAAUUAAUAUUGGAGGACUGCAACAAUUUGCUACUGAGGUAUUCAGAGCAAUGAAUAUACCACAGAUUAGAAAUCCUUCUUUGCCAGAAGAGAUACCAGAAGCCUACCAUGCCAAAAUAGCUCUUUUUGGAGCAGGACCUGCAAGUAUUAGCUGUGCCACUUUUUUGGCUCGGCUAGGCUACUCAGAUAUCACCAUUUUUGAAAAAGAAAAUUAUGUUGGUGGUUUAAGUACAUCUGAAAUCCCCCAGUUCCGGCUCCCGUAUGAUGUAGUGCAUUUUGAAACCAAGCUUAUGAAAGACCUCGGAGUGAAGAUAAUUUGUGGAAGGAGCCUUUCAGUAGAAGGAUUGACACUCAGUGCCUUGAAGAAAGAUGAUUACCAAGCAGUCUUUAUUGGAAUUGGUCUUCCAGAACCAAAGAGAGAACCUGUAUUUCAAGGUCUGGGAAUGGAUGAAGGAUUUUACACAUCUAAAGAUUUCCUGCCCAUGGUGGCUAUGGCAAGCAAACCAGGAAUGUGUGCCUGUCGCUCUCCACUGCCAUCGAUACAGGGAACAGUGAUUGUUCUUGGAGCAGGUGACACUGCUUUCGACUGUGCAACGUCAGCUUUGCGAUGUGGUGCUCGCCGAGUUUUUGUGGUCUUCCGAAAGGGAUUUACUAAUAUACGAGCUGUCCCUGAAGAGAUGGACCUUGCAAAGGAAGAAAAGUGUGAAUUCCUCCCUUUCCUUUCUCCUUGGAAGGUUAUUGUGAAAGGAGGGAAGAUUGCUGCUAUGGAAUUUGUUCGGACUGAGCAAGGUGAAGAUGGAAACUGGAAAGAAGAUCAGGAUCAAGUGGUCCGUUUGAAAGCAAAUGUGGUGAUCAGUGCCUUUGGUUCCAUUCUGAAUGACCCGAAAGUAAAAGAAGCUCUGUCUCCUCUCAAGUUUAACAAAUGGGGUCUUCCUGAAGUUGAUCUGGAGACCAUGCAAACAAGCGAGCCGUGGAUUUUUGCAGGAGGUGACAUUAGUGGACUUGCCAACACAACAGUAGAAUCAGUGAAUGAUGGAAAACAAGCUUCCUGGUACAUGCACAAAUACAUACAGUCUUUAUAUGAUGUUGUGGUUCCUGAUGUUCCUCAGCUGCCUCUUUUCUACACACCCAUCGAUUUAGUGGACAUCAGUGUAGAAAUGGCUGGACUCAAGUUUCCAAACCCUUUUGGCCUGGCUAGUGCCACCCCAACAACAAGUUCGCCCAUGAUCCGCAGAGCAUUUGAAGCUGGAUGGGGAUUUGCACUAACCAAAACAUUUUCCCUGGAUAAGGACAUUGUAACAAAUGUUUCCCCAAGAAUAAUACGUGGAACUACCUCGGGGCCCAUCUAUGGUCCAGGCCAAGGUUCUUUCCUGAACAUCGAACUUAUCAGUGAGAAAACAGCUGCUUACUGGUGUAAAAGCGUCACUGAAUUGAAGACUGACUUCCCUGACAAGAUUCUCAUUGCCAGCAUCAUGUGCAGCUAUAAUAAAGAGGAUUGGACUCAACUUUCAAAAAUGGCCGAGGCUUCUGGAGCUGAUGCCCUGGAGUUAAAUUUAUCUUGUCCGCAUGGCAUGGGAGAGCGAGGCAUGGGCCUCGCCUGUGGGCAGGAUCCAGAGCUGGUGCGCAACAUCUGUCGCUGGGUAAGGCAAGCUGUUCAGAUUCCGUUCUUUGCCAAGCUGACCCCAAAUGUCACAGAUAUUGUGAGCAUUGCAAGGGCUUCCCAAGAAGGUGGUGCAGAUGGUGUUACCGCCACCAACACUGUGUCAGGGCUGAUGGGACUGAGAGCAGAUGGCAUACCAUGGCCUGCGGUUGGACGGGGGGACAAGACCACAUAUGGCGGAGUAUCAGGAAAUGCCAUCAGACCAAUAGCUCUUCGAGCUGUUUCUGCAAUUGCUCAUGCUCUUCCAGGAUUCCCUGUCCUGGCUACAGGAGGCAUUGACUCUGCUGAAAGUGGCUUGCAGUUUCUUCAUUGUGGUGCUUCUGUUUUACAGGUAUGCAGUGCAAUACAGAAUCAAGACUUUACUGUGAUCGAAGACUACUGCACUGGGCUGAAGGCUUUGCUUUAUCUGAAGAGCAUAGAAGAACUUCAAGACUGGGAUGGACAGAGUCCACCGACUAUAAGACACCAGAAAGGAAAACCUGUGCCCUCAGUUGCUGACUUAGUGGGGAAGACCCUUCCCAGUUUUGGCCCCUACCUUGAACAGCGCAAGAAGAUAAUGGCUGAAAAUAAGUUGAAACUGAAGGAAGAGAGUGGCCCAUUUUCCCAGGUGGAGACAAAACACUUCAUUCCAAAGAAGCCCAUCCUAACAGUAAAGGAUAUAAUUGGAAAAGCACUGCGGUAUAUUGGAACAUAUGGAGAGCUCAGUAAUACGGAACAAGUUGUGGCUCUGAUUGAUGAGGAAAUGUGUAUCAACUGUGGCAAAUGCUACAUGACCUGUAAUGAUUCUGGCUACCAGGCUAUACAAUUUGAUCCAGAAAUCCACCUGCCCACCGUCACCGACAGUUGUACGGGCUGCACUCUGUGUCUCAGCGUCUGCCCUAUUAUUGACUGCAUCCGAAUGGUUUCCAGGACAACACCUUAUGAACCAAGGAGAGGCCUGCCCUUAGCUGUGAACCCCGUGUGCUGAGGUGAUCAGGCCCACAGUUAACGGGAACCAUACAUUUGCUUGAUUCUAUUGAUUUGCUUUCUAAUUAGUACCAGCAACUCCAACUAUGUUAACGGGGAGAAAAUAACUUAAUGAUGGCAGCCGUUAUAAGGUUGGCUGUAUCUUCCAAUCUCUCCCCCCCCCCCCACCCAAGUUGUCAGAUAAACAGGAGGUAGUUUAUCCAGUGUUACCUGUCCUUGUCUUUUCUGAGAAGCUUCACUUUUUUUUUCAUUUGCAAAACUUUAUCUGUUCUAAUGAUUUUAAUGAUUCCCUCACCCCCAUUACGCACAAGCACAAACACACAUACACGCAGUUAGAGGAACUUGUUUCUAAUUAAAAAAAAAAAAAACCUUGACAUGCUGACAAACUUUGUUGCCAGGGAAACAUUUCGUAAUUACACCUUUCAUUUCCUCUUAAAAAUCUUUUGUAAGAGAUGUAAUUAACUGCAUAACAUACAAACAAUACAAGGUGGAUUGUAUAUGUAUGUGUGUGCAUUUUGUUUCAGAAAGCUAUAAAAGGAGGUUUAAAUGUGUUAUCUUUGAACUAUUCAUCAGUUUCAAUGGCUACAACAUAUGGCAAUCUAUUUCCUUAAUUCUCCCUAAAUUCCGUCUCUGACUAGACACUAAAAACUGAAUUUGUAAAUAUAGUGCACUCUUUGUCACUUCAUGUUUUUUUAAGCUGGUAGUUUGAUUUCUUUGUUUGUGUUAAUGAACUUUGAGAGCCCAUAUUCUUUCAAAUGCAAGCAUUCAUUCAUGCGUCUGAUUCAUGUAACCUUCCACUGCAUUAAUGCACUAUUUAGAAGAUUAGGUUUUUACUUCUAAGUAGGUUUUAUUAGACUCUAGCAUACAAUGCUAAACACAAUGAAAUUAUGAAUGUAUAUAGCAGAAACAUCCUAUAUGGGGUAGAGAAGUACAGCAUUUCUUAUUUACACAGAAUUAUACCAAUCCAUUGCCAUAAAGAAGGCUACUUCAUGUUAGGGCUCACUAUCCACGGUGUUAGUAAUGUAUGAGGAAUCAGUCCAACUGAUUUUUUAUGUGAACUCCCACCAGUCCCCUGCUGGCCAACAGCACUUUGUGUUCUGGUAGCCUCCCAUUGCUGGAGGGCUUUGGGUGCACUUGAAAAAUACACAUAUUUAGAUUUUUAAAAUAGCAUGAACAUGCCCUGAUCAAGAAAUACAUGUAAUGUGUGUAAAUGUAAUCAUUUUACCAGAUUUUAAAAUCCCACACAGGGUGUAAAGGAGACCCUCAGUGGAUAUGGAGGUGGCAAAAUGUGGACAUCUGUGGAUUCAGACUUGAUAAGGGCAGACUUGAGAUAGGUGCGUAAAAAUGCACAUAUUUCAGAUGUUCACCAUACAGAAAUAGCCUUAAUCAAGGGGAAAAUGUGAGCAUGCAAGAAAUGUGUAUGACACUCAUCAAUGGGGUAAUUCUUCCAGAAUUAUUUUUUUAAACCCACAAAGGAUGGAAAAGGGACCCUCUGUGGUAUGGAGGUGGAGAAACAUGGAAGUCCAUGGAUUCAGAAUUCAUAGAUGUGUAUGUUCCCAUAUGGACCAGGAAUCCAAAGGCUUCUUCUGAGCUUUUCAUUUCUUUCCACAUAAGUUUGCAGUCUUUGUGUCAGUUGUACCAGCCACCUUUAAUAAGGUGAACGCCUUCUCACUUUUCACUGUAGGGCUCAUUCUUCUCCAAGGACCCAACACACCUCUUAUCUCUAAAAAAGUAAUGAACAUGCUGUGUACUGGGAAUGAGACAGGAAUCAGACAUUUGAUGAAUGUAUAAUGUAUAGGAGUCCUUCACAUUACAGGGAAUGAGGAAGCAUGUUAUUCAGAUCCAGUAGUGGCGUACUCAGAUGGAAACCACAGCAGGAGGGCAGGUCUUAGUAAUAGCAUGUGGAGAUUAAUUCCACACAUACUGAUUGUUGGGAGUGGAAAGCUUAGCACAGGUAGCAAAAGUAAUAAUUAUGGGUUAUAUUCUAUGCUGCUUAUUUGUCAAUGAAAUGGAAAGCAGUAGAAGAGUGAACUUCCUCUUACCUUGUGUGCUCCAAAUUUGCUCUGAGGGGUAUAGAGAAUUGGUUGGUUUAAGUGGAAAAGUAUUAAAGGAUAGCUCCAUUGUCCAAGUACAAGUGAAAUAAUUGUAGCUUCAUUUAUAUACUGAUCUCACAGUACCUCGGUGGAAAAUAAAUAUAUUAAAUAUAGUAGCAUUAAAUACUAUGAAAAUAUGCAGUAUUUUUGAAAUAUUGUAAUUAGUAAGAGAGGUAUCAGUAUCUAAUAGAGACUAAACAACAUUUCAAUUAUGAGAAAAAUUAUUAGCUACCUGUUUUCUUGCAAACAACACACAACCAAUUAAAAUAUUAAAGUCUUAGGUAAAUAUUGUCAACAUAUUAUUGUCUUAUGUUGGAAAGGGUGUGUUUUAUUUUUGAUUAUUUAUUGCUCAAAAAUAGAACAACACACGGCUUUGAAACUUUUGGCAUCAAUAUUCUAGCAACUGUUUUUCCCCUCAGAUUUAAAAAUAUAAAUAGGCUGUAUGCCUGUUUACAGUAUAGCUGCAAUAAAAGGGAAAUAUAGAUUUCCCACUAUUUUGAAACAGUAUGUUGGAAUCAACUUAUUUCUCCUUCUCAGCUGGGAAUUUUCAUAUGUUGAUAAUUUGCUAGCUUCUUGAUAGUGAAGAAACUACCAAAAAGGUAAAUAUUUAAUAUAAAGGACAACAUAUCUAUUCAUUUCUUUACUCUCUGACAUUAACUGAAAAUGCAGAAUUUUGAUUGUGCAUAUUAAAUAAUGUUUGUAUUCAAAUUUCUGUACUUUUAUAUAAUCAUAAAUAAAUCAGAAUUAAGGAGCAUUA